CAUUUGUAUUAUUCUUGUUAAACUGCUUUUAGUAAUCUAAUCAUGUCUCCCUCAAUUCAACCCGCUUCUCCCAAAGUCGUGCUGAUCACAGGCGGCAACAGCGGCGUUGGCCUAGCUUUGGCGCGGCGUCUCCUCGCGCUCAGUAUCGCCCAGGGCCAUCGGCAAACCAUCAUCCUCGGGUGCCGCAACCCUCUCAAAGCACAAAAGGCCAUAUCUGGGCUCCUCCAGCCACACCUCGCACACAAAGACCUCUGCGACGUACAACUAGUGGAGAUCGACACCAGCAGCGUAGCCUCUGUGACCAGCGCCGCCAUAGCCAUCGAGAAAAAAUACUCUCGCCUUGACCGCUUGUUCUGCAACGCCGGUGCAAUGGCCAUUGCCGGAUUGAACCCCUGGGGGAUCAUCCAGGGUAUCCUCACACACCCAGUGGCGUUCUUCGAAUCAUCCGAGGCGCUGUACCAGAAACGCGGGCUGGUGACUGCUGAUGGGCUCGGGCUGACUUUCCAGACCAACGUCUUUGGGCACUACCUUUUGGUGCACAAGCUGGCCGGGCUUUUGGAGCGCACCGGCGGCGCGCGCGUUAUUUGGACCGGCUCGGCGGCGUCGCAGCUGGAGUUCUUGCGCACGGAUUACCAGCAUGUGCUGGGCGCCAAGCCCUACGAGUCGUCCAAAUACAUCGUCGACCAAAUCGCCAUCCCCAUGGACCGCAGAUUGGCACAAAGGGGCGUUCGCUGCUUAGUUGCAGAGCCCGGAAACGUGUGCUCGAACUUCUUGGCUGGGCUCGGACAGGCUUGGUUGGAGUGGGUUAUUUUGUGCGCCUUUUAUCUCUGUCGCUUGUGCUUGAGCAUCCCGAGGUUUACCAUUUCGUCGGUGAACGCCUGUGAGGCCUGUGUUUUGCUUGGUGUAAGUGAGGGUCAGCUGGAUUCGAAUAUGAAGUACCACAGUCGCGUUGAUAGAUGGGGAGCCCCGUUUGUUGAUGCUGUGCCGCUGGUGUACGAUAAGCGAACGGGCGCGUUUUUGGUCGAGAGGAUGGAUGCGCUGGUGCGCCGGUUUGAGGAGAGGCGGGGUAAUGAAUGAAAAUACAAAUUAAUAAUCAUUUUGGGCAGAAAAAUUUAAUCAGCUAAUAAAUAUUUUAGACAGGAAGAAUAGGAAAAAAAAAAA